AUGAGCACGGCGGAUCCGCCGGAUUUGCCUCCUUCUCCGAUGGAAAAUGGUUCAUCUCAGAGGGGAGGGAAUGGUUCUGAUCAAGUUACAGCAAAGGAUUUGGAAAAUUUGGUGAAUCAAAAGGUUUCUGGAGAAGAUGGCUCAACCGAUCAAUCUUCAAAGGAUCUGGGUUUGGGAAAGACGAUCGCGGCUCCAACAACUCAGGAGGUGAAGGGAUCGUGGGUUGGUGUGGUUCAAGGUCAAAAGGUUCUUAAAAAGUAUGAAGUGGAGAUUGAGAUGAAGGAUGGAGUUGGUUCAGUAAGGGUUCCAGAGGAGAUAACAAAGGAUGUGGCUCCUCUAUGGGAUGAUUUCUUGAUUGGGAAAUUUCUUGACAAUGCUCCACACAUUGCAAAAGUGCACUCGAUUGUGAAUAAGAUUUGGACUCUGAAUGAUAAGACUCAGAAGAUAGAAGUGUUUGAGGUCAAUCCAACAUCAAUGAAGUUAAGGGUUCUCAAUCAAGCUGACAAGAACAGGAUCCUGAGGAGAGGAAUGUGGAAUAUCGCGGGCGUCCCAGUGGUGAUGACGAAGUGGUCGCCAAUAGUAGAGAAGGAGAAGCCACCAACACAAUCGAUUCCCAUGUGGGUUCAUGUGAAGCAUUUUCCCUUAAAGAUGUUCUCGUGGCAAGGUCUAAGUUUUGUUACAAGUCCUUUGGGGGUUCCUGGAAGGCUUCAUCCAGAAACAGCGCAAUGCUUAAACUUGGAGGUAGCAAAGAUUUUUGUAAAUGUUGAUCUAACGAAGGAUCUUUCCAAGCAGUUGAAUUUUAACAUUCAAGGAGAGGAAGUGAUGGUGGAGUAUAGCUAUCCAUGGUUGCCAAAGAAGUGUUUGAAGUGUAACAAAUGGGGUCAUUCGGAAAAAACAUGUUAUGUGGGAAAAGAAAGGGAGCAGAAAGAUCUUGAAGAAGGAGAAAUAAGAAAAGAAGUUCAGGAGAAUGUGAAGGAAACAGUAGAAGAGUUGAAGGAUCAGGAAGUGUCUAUUCAGAGUGAUAACAUAGAGGGGGAAAUAGACAAAAAUCAUAGAGAGGAGGUGCAACAGGAAGAGGGUAGAAAAGAGGUUUCGGUGGAGAAAGCUCAGACAGUAAAUGCGAUGGAGGAAAAAUUGGAAUGGGCUGCAGUCUCUCCGGGGAAAGCUAGUCGUACUCCUAGUCCAAGAAAAGAUUUGGAGUUUGGACAAAUUGAAGAAGAGAGUUCAAGUGAGGAGAAGGAAGAUGAUGUUAUUGUAUCAAGGCAAUGUCUACCUCGUGAAUCAAAGAUAAAUCACAGGGCCUCUAAGCAUCUGGUAGUUAAGGAGUGGAUAAGGAAAAGUGGGUUUCAGUUUGGAUGUUUAAUUGAGACAAGAGUGAAGGAAAGUAAAGUUAAAGGGAUUUUGGAGAAGGUUGUGCCGGGUUGGUCUUAUAUGGCAAAUUAUGAGUAUAACAGACUAGGAAGAAUUUGGGUGUUGUGGAGUCCAGGAGUGAGAAUGACUCCAUGUUUUCAAAGUGAUCAGAUUAUUACGGUGUCUAUGCUAUUGGAGGGUAUGGAUGAAGAGGUUUUUUGUUCUUUCAUCUAUGGAAAGAACUUGGUAGAGGAAAGAAGAGAGUUAUGGAGGGAUUUAAAGAGUCAUCAGGAUUCUUCUAUUAUAAGGAAAGCACCAUGGAUUAUUCUAGGGGAUUUCAACGAGAUAUUACAUGGUUUUGAGCAUUCAGUAGUAGGAGCGUCGGAAGAUACGAUGGGAAAAAAUGAAGCCGAGAAACCUUUCAAGUUUAUUAAUGCACUGGUGGAUACAUCAGAAUUUUUCAAGCUGGUUGAAGAAUUUUGGUCUGAAACAGAACCGCUUUUCAACUCUACCUCAGCACUUUUCAGAUUGUCAAAGAAGCUUAAAGCUUUAAAAUCCCAUCUGAGAAAGCUGAGUAAGGAGAAGUUUGGAGGCAUUUUCAAGAAGACAAGUGAAGCGUAUAAAAAUCUUUGUGAAGCUCAAACAAAGACUUUGGAAAAUCCUGAUCAGAUAAACAUGGAAGCUGAAUCUGCUGCGUAUGGAAGAUGGCUGAUUCUCUCAAUAGAAGAAAAGGUUAUCAGUCAAAGAGCUAAGAUUUUCUGGUUAGAGGUGGGUGAUGGAAAUAACAAGAGUUUUCAUAGAGCAGCGAAAGUAAGGGAAAUCCGAAAUGCUAUAAGAGAAAUAAAGAGAUCAGAUGGGUCAGUAGCAGAUAAUCAAGAAGACAUCAAAAAGGAAGCUGUGGAUCAUUUCCACAAAUUCCUAACUCAUAACCCGGAAGAUUAUGAAGGAGCGAGGCUAGAGGAUUUAAAGACUCUACUCAAUUAUGAUUGUUCUGAAUCUGAUAGAAGCAUGUUGAUUGGAGAUGUAUCUACAGAGGAAGUAAGGAAGGUUCUCUUCUCUAUGGCUGCGGAUAAAUCCCCGGGACCUGACGGAUAUACCAUGGAAUUCUUUAAGGCUUCUUGGGCUAUUACAGGUACAGACUUUGUCGUAGCUAUUAAAUCUUUCUUUGAUAAGGGUUUUCUUCCCAAAGGCAUCAAUUCCACCAUCUUGGCACUCAUCCCAAAGAAUAAUGCUGCAACUUAUUAUCGCCCUAUAUCUUGCUGCAAUGUGAUAUAUAAGGUUAUAUCAAAGAUACUUGCAAAUCGAAUGAAGCGGCUGCUCCCUCUGUUUGUAUCUUUAAACCAGUCAGCUUUCGUGAAGGAUAGAUUGCUUAUGGAGAAUGUUCUUCUCGCGUCAGAGCUGGUUAAGAGUUAUCACAAAGAAACAGUUUCAGAAAGAUGUGCAGUAAAGAUUGAUAUAUCCAAAGCUUUUGACUCAGUGCAGUGGUCUUUCUUGCUAAGGGUUUUGGAGGCGUUGAAUUUCCCUGCAAAGUUUAUUCUGUGGAUUCAAAAAUGUAUUGAGCUAGCAUCUUUUUCAGUUCAGAUUAAUGGAGAGCUUGCUGGAUAUUUCAAUAGUAAGAGGGGCUUGCGCCAAGGUUGCUCCUUGUCACCUUAUCUAUUCGUAAUAUGUAUGCAAGUGCUAUCAAAACUUCUGGACAGAGCGGCUUAUGAGAAAAGGAUUGGCUAUCAUCCAUAUUGUGAGGAGUUAAGAUUAACACACAUAUGCUUUGCAGAUGAUAUACUAGUAUUCUCUGAUGGGAGAAAGGAAUCAGUGGAUGGCAUUUUGGCAGUGUUCAAGCAGUUUGCAAGAAUGUCAGGGCUUAACAUAAGUCUUGAGAAGUCAACACUGUACCUAGCUGGAGUUAAAGCGGAAGGUAGUGUUGCUAUUAUGGAGCAAUUUCCUUUUGAAGCUGGUUCUCUCCCGGUUAGGUAUCUUGGACUUCCUCUCUUGACAAAGAGAAUGAAUGCACAAGACUACAGCCUGCUUAUCUCAAGAAUAAAAGCCAGAAUCUCUUCCUGGACGGCGAGGCACCUUACUUUUGCUGGUCGCCUACAGCUCGUUGGUUCGGUUAUAUAUAGUAUAACGAACUUUUGGAUGUCAGCAUACAGACUGCCAAAUGGGUGUAUACAAGAGAUUAACAGUAUAUGUGCAGCGUUUCUUUGGUCUGGUCCAGUUCUAUCAACGCAUAAGGCAAAGAUAGCAUGGUCAGAGGUUUGUAAGCCAAAAGAUGAAGGAGGUUUGGGUCUGAGAAAUUUAACUGAAGCGAACAGAGUAUCAUGUUUGAAGCUCAUUUGGCGCCUACUAUCUGCUCGUGCUUCUCUUUGGGUGAAGUGGAUUUGGAAGUAUCUAAUUAGGAAGGGAUCUUUUUGUAGUGUAAAGGAAAGCAGUGUGUUGGGAUCAUGGAUGUGGAAGAAGUUGAUAAAACUGAGACCUUUGGCACAGCAAUUAACAAGGAUGGAGAUAAAUAGUGGUUCAAAUACUUCUUUUUGGUUAGAAAAAUGGUCGCCUUUGGGUGUUCUGAUUGAGCUAACUGGAGAUGGGGGCUGUAUGGCUCUGGGUAUUCCUCUAAACACUACGGUGGAAAGAGCUAUCCAGAUUUAUAGGACUCGAAGGCAUCGAACUCCUGAGUAUAUAAUGAUUGAGCAGGAAAUUAUGAAGCUAAAAGCUAGGGGAUUAAAUGAUUUGGAGGAUGACUGUCUUUGGAAGAGGGAGAAUGGUGAUUUCAGAUUGGGUUUCGUUACCUCUCAUACUUGGAACCUUACAAGAGUACACUCCGCGAAAGUCUUCUGGAGUAAAGGCAUUUGGAUUCCUGAAGCCACUCCAAAGUUUGCUUUUAUUGCUUGGGUUGCAAUGCACAACAGAUUAGCAACAGGAGAUAGGGUUAUCAAGUGGAAUCCUCAAGCAAAUUCCACCUGUUGGCUCUGUCAGAAUGAUUUUGAAACAAGAGAUCACUUGUUUUUUAUGUGCUCAUAUUCACAAGAGGUGUGGAGGAAGACCAUUGGAGACUUAACAGGUAGUAGCAGUAUAUAUCAAUGGUCGCUAGUGGUCAGGACAGUGGUAAAUGGGCUUCAAGAGAGAAAUGCAAAAUUUCUACUCAGAUAUUGUUUUCAGGCUGUUGUAUAUGCACUAUGGCUUGAGAGAAACGCUAGAAGAGUUGGAGGUUAUUCACAACCAGUGUCUUGUUUGAGUACAAGGCUGGAAAAGUUGGUGAGAAAUCGAAUAACAUCUUUGAGGAGGAAGAAUUGGAAGAAGUACGAGAAGGCUAUGGAAGUUUGGAUGGGAAGAAGUUUUAUUUGA